GGUAGGUGAUGGAGGCAAGUGGGGGUCGCGCCUGGAGCUGAGCCUCGGCCUCGGGAGCCACCGCUGCAGCCCCGUGGAGCUGAGAUGGCUCACGCCUGACAUUCCAUGGUCCAGGAUCCAGACAGAGUCUAUGCACCAGCUGCUGCUGUGGCUGAUAUAGAACCGGAGGAGGUCCCCCGGUCCCGGAGACGACGUAUUUCCUCUGCCUGGAUGUGUGGCAACUCCCUCCCAACUUGAUUGGAGGAUCUGGGGGGGAUCUGCCCCCCACCCCAGGAGGAAAUUAGUUGCCUUUGCAGGGGUCACUGGCCAGCUGAAGGAUGGCCACCCCUGUGGUCACCAAGACGGCAUGGAAGUUGCAGGAGAUUGUCGCUCAUGCCAGCAAUGUGUCCUCCUUGGUACUGGGCAAGGCAUCUGGGAGACUGCUGGCCACUGGUGGGGACGACUGCCGUGUCAACCUCUGGUCCAUCAACAAACCCAACUGCAUCAUGAGCCUGACGGGCCACACGUCCCCCGUGGAGAGUGUCCGCCUCAAUACCCCCGAGGAGCUUGUGGUGGCCGGCUCCCAGUCAGGAUCCAUCCGCGUCUGGGACCUGGAAGCUGCCAAAAUUCUUCGCACGCUCAUGGCCACAAAGCCAAUAUCUGCAGCCUACGACUUCCACCCCUAUGGUGAAGAUUUGUGGCCUGGCGUUCCCAGGACACCCAAUAUCAAGCUCUGGGACAUCCGGAGGAAAGGAUGUGUCUUCCGCUACAGGGGGGAGACCCAGGCCGUGCGCUGUCUCCGCUUCAGCCCUGAUGGGAAGUGGUUGGCCUCAGCCGCUGACGACCACACAGUGAGGAAGCAGCUCUGGGAUCUGAUCUGGCCUGGCAAGAUGAUGUCCGAAUUCCCGGCCACACAGGGCCCCGUCAACGUGGUGGAGUUUCACCCCAACGAGUACCUCCUGGCUUCUGGAAGCUAUGACCGGUCCAUCCGUUUCUGGGAUCUGGAGAAAUUCCAGGUGGUGAGCUGCAUUGAAGGGGAGCCCGGACCUGUCAGGAGUGUCCUCUUCAAUCCUGAUGGCUGCUGCCUAUACAGUGGCUGCCAAGACUCACUAGCGGUCUAUGGCUGGGAGCCCGAGCGCUGCUUCGACGUUGUCCUGGUCAAUUGGGACGUGGCCGACCUGGCCAUCUGCAAUGACCAGCUGCUGCUUCUUGCAGAUUGGUGUGGGCCUUCUCCCCAAAGCAACGAGUCCUCGUAUGUGGUGGACCUGACUCGAGUCACCAGGACAGGUACACUAGUACAGGACCUGUGCAGGACAGCCGGCCCCUGGUGCCGGCCAGCCCCCCAGCCCAGCGUCCCUCUGCGGCGCAUCUAUGAGCGGCCCAGCACCACCUGCAGUAUAACCUCAGAGGUAGGGCAAGGGGCCUCGUCGAGCGAACGCAGCCCUAGCAGCGAGGAUGAGCGGGAAGAGCGGGGAGGGUCACGGGCAGAGAUCCAGAACACAGAGGAAUACAACGAGAUAUUCCAGCCCAAGAACAGCAGUCAGUGAGCCGGCACCCCCACCCCGAAGGAGUGAGCCUUCCCAGCACCCCCAGAGGAUGCUGCUUCUCCAGCAAAGGAGGUUGCCAAGCCCGGCCUAACCCCGGACCCGAAUUCCCCUGUGCCAAACCUUGAGGUCCUUGCCCCAGCCUGUAGUGGUGACCUCCACCCCUACGACCAGAGCUGGCCUGCCGUUAUCCCUGCCACCCGCAACGAGCCCAUCGGGCUGAAGGCCUCAGACUUCCUGCCCGCGUGAACGGUCCCCCAGCAGGCAGAGCUGGUGGAUGAGGACGCUAUGUCCCCAGAUCGGCCAAAAGGCCACGACACCAUGUGCGUGGUGCUCACCAGCCGCCACAAGUACCUGGACACUGUGAGGGCCGUGUGGACCACAGGCGACAUCAAGCAAACAUCAGUGGACUCAGUAGUGGCCAUCAAUGACCUCGUGAUGGUGGACCUCCUUAACAUUGUCAAUCAGAAAGCCUCCUUAUGGAAACUAGACCUUUGCACUACGGUCCUCCCACAGAUAGAGAAACUUCUGCAGAGCAAGUAUGAGAGCUACGUGCAGACAGGCUGCACUCCCUGAAAGCUCAUCCUGCAGCGGUUUUCUGGCCAUCUCAUCACAGACAUCCUGGCAGCCCCACCUUCUGUAGGUGUGGACAUCAGCAGGGAGGAGAGGCUGCAUAAGUGCCGGCUCUGCUACAAGCAACUCAAGAGCAUCAGCGGCUUGGUCAAGAGCAAGUUGGGCCUCAGUGGCCGCCACGGCAGUGCCUUCCGCGAGCUGCACCUGCUCAUGGCCAGUUUGGACUGAGGUUGCUCAGUGGCUGGGGGCCUGGCCUGAGCCUCCACUCCUAUGUUCGGUGUUGCCCACUGGCACAUAAGCCACUGCUCG